AUUUAUGAUUGUAUCUUCAUGAAACUUCGUCAGAAUGUUUAUAUUGAUGAUCUUUAGGUCGAUUUCGAAUAUGGGUCAUGUGCAAUAAGAAACUAGGUUCGCCAAAGUUCUCAGCAGAUGUCAUUGUGGCAAACAAAAGAAGCUCAACAAGUGAAAGCCCAGAUGUGAUCAAGGAAGAAAUACGGGCACUGAGGAGGAAGAUAAGGAGGCUUGAAGAUAGGGUUGUGGCACUCGAGUCCGGUGGUUCCAGUCAGCAGGAUAAUCUUUUAAAUUUGGUUUCCCACCUGGAUGCUAGUGAUGUCCAGCAAGUUUUAUCAACACUAUGUAAAGCUAUAUUCUCAAAUGAGGAGUUGAUGAACUGCAGCAGAACAGGGAAGAGAACCAAUAAAUGUUCUGAGAGCGGGCCACGCCCACCUUUGGACAUUGUUAAGCUUGAAAAGCUGGAGCGUUUAGUGUGUGAAAAAACAAACAUAAGUAAAGAUUGCUUCUGUAAGAAACUUGAAAAUAUGCAAAAAACACUCCGCCAGAAAAAGAAGCAAUAA